AUGAGUGGAUUCUUUAACAUCAGUGGUAAAUUUGGAAGCAAGACAAAACCUAAACGAUCUACAUCAUCAGUACGGCCCUUAUUCCUCUGUCAGCCUUACUGCAAUAACUCGAUCGUCAAGGGUAACUUCAAGACCAUUGUCCAGUUGCCCAAGUAUGUUGAUGCUAACGAAUGGCUUGCAGUGAAUGUGUUUGAUUUCUACAACUACAUCAAUAUGUUCUAUGGAUCCAUAUCGGAUUUCUGCACAGCACGAGAUUGUCCAAACAUGUCUGCAGGAGCAGGAUUUGAGUACCUUUGGAUGGAUGGGCAAAAAAAGACGAGUAAAGUGCCAGCACCGCAAUACAUUGACUUUGUCAUGAGCUGGAUCCAGACACUCAUUAACGAUGAAAAUACCUUUCCUACCAAAGAUGGACGUGAUUUUCCACCUACUUUUCAACAGACAGUACGCGCGAUCUUUAAACAAUUGAUCCGAGUUUUUGCACAUGUCUAUCAUUCACAUUAUGACAAGAUGCUUUCGCUCUGUCAAGAAGGUCAUUUCAACUCGCUUUUCGCGCACUUUGUCAGUUUUGGACGAGAAUUUGACCUGUUGGACAAAAAGGAUAUUGUACCCCUGCAAGAACUUAUUGACAUCAUGGAUAGCAAUGGAAUCCUCUGCUGA